ACAGCCACGCCUGUCGCAAAUUGUGUUUGUUUUACGGCAUAUAGUGACUACCUGGAAAACAGUCUGGAAAUCAUGUAGGCGACUUUAUGGCGACUAGAUCACGGCGGAUACAUUAAAGAAUAUAUAGUUGUUAAAGAAUGGAAAGUGCACAAGGUGCUUGUCCAACCGUCUCUCUCUCUAACGGCCUCGAGAUUCCUAUACUGGGACUAGGGACGUCUCAUCACGGAGGAUACUCCCAUGAUGCAGUGCUGUACGCUCUGCAGGAGUGUGGCGUUCGUCAUGUGGACACGGCUCGUCGCUACGGUUGUGAGGCCCAACUGGGCCAGGCGCUGGCGGAGUGUGGGGUUGCCCGUGACGACCUGUGGGUCACCACCAAGCUGUGGCCCGGAGACUAUGGAUACAGGAACGCUAGGCAGGCCUGCCUCGAGUCCUGCUCCCACCUGGGCCUGGACUACCUGGACCUCUACCUAAUGCACUGGCCAGACUGCCAGGCUCCGGGGCAGAGCAACAGGGAGGCGAGGGCAGAGACUUGGAGGGCCCUGGAGGAGCUGUAUGCCGAAGGGGUGUGCAGAGCUAUAGGAGUCAGUAACUUCCUGGAGCGCCACCUGCAGGAGCUGAAGGAGGACUGCAGCAUCAUGCCCCACGUCAACCAGGUAGAGUACCAUCCGUUCCAUCAGCCAGAGGAAUUGGUGGCGUUCUGCAGGCGUGAGGGUGUGGUGUUCGAGGGCUACUGCCCCCUCGCCAAGGGCCAGGCCCUCAGCCACCCCACCAUCCUGCGCCUGGCGCACCAGCAUCAGCGCACCCCCGCGCAAAUCUGCAUCCGCUGGAGCAUUCAGGGUGGUGUGGUCACCAUCCCCAAGUCCACCAAGAAGGAGAGGGUUCUGGAGAACAGUCAGGUGUUUGGGUUCUCUCUGGAGGGGCAGGACAUGGCAGAGCUGGGCCUGAUGCAUGAUGGGAGACACGUCAGCUGGGACCCCACGCGUGUGCAGUGACGCUAGCUUGUGCAGUAAUACAGGUUCUGGACUGGAGUCUGUCUGAGGAAGAUGUGGACACCAUGAGAACACUGCACUGUGACAGGAAACUGAUCCAGCUCACCUACCCCCUCUGGAGAGGAUGAACACACACACACCUACCCCCUCUGGAGAGAAUGAACACAUAAAAUUACCGCAAAUAUCGCAAUCAAUUUAUGCAAACAUCAACCAAUCGUCCAUAUCCUCAUAAUCAGUAUUGCACAGAUGGAGCAGAGCCUCGUUUUCCCACUUCGUCUUUAUCUCUUAGUCUACGUGACAAUUUGGAGAUUUAUUUUCGAGGCCGAGUCUGCACCGAUUGCACUGUUAUGAAAUUUUAAGUAAACGAAUAUAUUGUGAUAUAUACCGUUACCAUCCGUGCUUCAGAAUUAUACCAUGAUAUACAUUUUAGGCCACACUGCCCAGCCCUAUCUCACACACACAUUGAGUGAACUGUGUAGGAGUUGUGUCAUACAGGACAUGAGUUAGAAGUGUUGCUGCUAUCUUCACCCAAGUGCCUCAAAACAACCAGCCUCCUAAAUCACUACACCAUCCUUAGUUACCAUGACUAAAACUACAGGAAAUGACAUGUUAAUGUCAAAGUAUAAAGAGCCAAUAAACCUCUAUGAAGAGGGUGGUGGUAACCAUAGUAAUAUUGGACCUGUAGCACUACAUAAGCUACCUUAGUUACAACAGUUAACAAGUGUUAUGUUUACGUUUGACUUCAGCUGAAUAAACGUUUAUCAGAG